ACUCACCUCUUCAACAAUGAACUCUAAUGUUUCCUGGCCUGCUACAGAGUUGAGCGUAUUGGGGGGGCUUUCGGUUCAACAGUGAGUUGUCCGAUCUGAGAUGAACUCAUGUGGAGAAGAGAACCUUGGGCGUACAGCUGAGGCUCUGUAUUUGGAGGUCAGGCCUCUGCAGAGGGCCAACCUUGGAGUCAGACUAGCCCUCAGGAAGACGUUCAGUCUGGACCAUAUGAAUGCAUAUCAAGAGGCUCAUUACAGGGGGCGAAACUCCCCACGAGGAUACUCUGAUCUGCACUUUCCAGACUGUGAUCUCCAGGCAGGACAUAUGCUGAGGUCCACAGCCAGCCAGCAGGCCUCCACUUCCCCAUUCCAUAGGACGAGUCCUCCUCCCUUUAACAGGGCUGUGAUGCUUUCGAGGAGGUCUGAUCUAGAACCCGUUAGGUCAGAUAUUAUUAGAGGCUCACGCAUCUCUCGUGAGGAUCAGGAAGCAGGCGGCUCCUUCAACCGCAGAGCUCUUCUGAUGUCUCUCAGCAGCUCUGAGGAGGAACAGGAGGCUGGAGAACAGGCUGGCAGAGCUCCAGCAGGGCUCAGCGUGGCUUCAUCCCUGCUUACACCCACUCCUACUGGGGAACGCAGACUGGGUAAGAGAGAGAGGAAACGACUGAAGAGCCUGAGGAGAAGACAGAGGAGGAGAGAGCGCUGCAGACAGACCCAGCAGCAGGAGAAUGUGCAGAGCUCUACAGGGAACCCAUCUAGCAGCAGUGAGGAUGAGGAGCUGCCCGGCCGGGAUCGUGAAGGCUACAUCUGUGCUGUGUGUCUGGAUGUCUACUUCAGUCCAUACAUGUGCCAUCCCUGCAGCCACGUCUUCUGUGAGCCUUGUCUGAGGACGCUGGCCAGAUUUUUAAACCUUUGUAUAAAUAAAUUCACACAUCCAACUCUCUUCACAGAACUGAACCAUACAGCCCGUACGUUCUUCCCAAAAGAAUACCUGUCUCGGAAACAGAGUUUCCAGAAAGCGGGCUGUGCAAAAUGGCCUCUUCCAAGCUGCCGUAAACAGUUUCGAAUUUUUGGAGGCUUUCAAAGGCAGGCAAGUCCAAUCGGCAGACGCCAGUUCCCUCACGGGGGCUACCGGCUUGAUGCCUUCAACUUUGAAGAUGAUUCGCAUGGUUGGCGAUUUGACAUGGACAUGGUGAUCAUCUAUAUAUACUCCGUCAACUGGGUCAUUGGCUUCAUUAUCUUCUGCUUCUUCUGCUAUUUCUUCUGCCUCUCUUUUUAAAGAGAAGGCACAGGGAAGCUGUCUGCGGUGUUUCAGAUCUUUCAGGACAAUACAAAAGUCGGCAAGAAGGGAAUCAUGCGCUGCAGCUGCUUCUGGACUAUAUGUAGGAAACACCAACCAAUCACAGAGAGAAAUGAAUUCAUGCAGCCAAAAUUCCAGAGCGUGAUGAUCCAUUUACUGUAAAGAUGGAUCAUGAUUUUUGAGAUUGUGGUUUGUCUAAUAUCUGUUUGCUUUUAAACAGAAUUUUGGCCGACUGCGUGGGGAAGCUUUGCAUGGAUAAUCACACGAGUGGACUAUUCAUUUCACUACAAGUUGUAUUCACAUGCUGUAUAUCCAGAGUGAAUGCAUUUGUGAAGGUCUUCUCUUACAGCUAAUUUCCAAAGUGCAACGUUCAGGUUUGUAAACUAAACUAUCCAUAAUUACAGGCCAGCUUCUAAACUAUCCAUAGAUUAUGCUAUGCUGAGUAUAAGAAUAUCUCAUUUGUUUUUAACUAUUCUUGCUUGUUUUUACAGUAUUUCUAAACUGGCCAUAAAGGUUCUUUGUCUGGUCUCAAUACCUAAUGCUCAGUAUGUUGUCUUAGAUCUGUAAUUAAACCAUUAUC